AUGCUAUAUUCAAGUAGGAAAAUUCUUUGUUAUGGUUGUUUGAGUUUGCAGCGUACUAUCAAUAUUCAACCAAUGAAAAUUCCAUUUUUAUUACAACGACAACUAUUUUCGUUAAAAACAAGAGUUACAACACCGGAAUUGACAUUUUGUUUAUUUUCCCCUUUAAAACAACGGCGUCAUUCAUAUUUAAAUUUUCUUUCUAAUCCUCCUAAGCGCGUAUUUUCAUUUUCGGCUUUUUGUUUGCAACAUAUUAAAUCCUCUACGCCAACUCAAACAAUUAUUGAUGAUACAGCUAAUGAUCCAUCGAUAUCAAAAACACCGUUUAUCUUUUCUCCUAAAUCUAAUGAUUUAAAACAAAAAACAAAUUCGUCAUCGUCGUCAAAUGAUGAUACAUCAGAUGAACAAAAAGAACGUGCUGCUCGAGCCGCUCUUGAUGUUAAAAUGCUCAAAUAUACCGCUUAUUUUCUUGGCGUGUGGCUUGUAAGUACACUAGGUUACAUCGUACUUAUUUGGGGUUCACCACAAUUAGAUGAAGAAGGACGUGUCAUAUUCGAUGAUUAUAGUCAUUUGCCAACAUGGAAGCAAUAUUUAAAACGUUCAUCUAAAGGUGUUGUUGAUUAUUGGCAAACAAUUAAAGAUCCGACUAGUGAUAAACUAUUGCCAGAUCCUCUUCACCCAUCAAUUCAACCAUUAUACACAUUAGUUAUUGAAAUGUCAGGAAUACUAUUGAAUCCAGAAUGGACAUAUGGAACAGGAUGGAGAUAUAAAAAACGUCCAGGACUCGAUUAUUUUCUUAAUGAAGUUGGUUACCCAAUAUAUGAAAUUGUUAUUUAUACAAAAGAAACAACAUGGGCAGCAAACUCGGUUAUUGAUACAAUGGAUGUAGGGCAUAAAAUUAUGCAUCGGAUAUUUCGGGAAAAUACACGUUUUAUUAAAGGCACACAUAUUAAAGAUUUAUCAUGUUUGAAUCGUGAUUUGAAAAAGAUUAUAUUUUUGGACUGGGACGAAGCUGCUUAUUCAUUACAGCCAAGAAAUGCUUUACAUCGUUUGCAAAAAUGGGAUGGUGACGACAAUGAUCUAACAUUACUUCACUUAGCUACUUUCUUAAGAAUGAUUGCUGCUAGUGGUGUAGAAGAUGUACGUGAUGUACUUGAUCAUUAUAAUCAAGAAAAUAAUCCAUUGGAAGCAUUUUCAUUUCGACAACAACAAUUAUUAGUGAGUUUUGAAGCAGAAGAACAAAAACGUCAAGCAGCGUCAGCAGUGGCCGCAAUACCAACAAAAAAUAAAAUGAAUGUACUUGAAGUUCCACACGAAUUUUUUGACGUUGAAACAAAAAAUUUAGAAUAUUUAUAUCAAGCAUUUUGUAAUUAUGUCUACUUAGGACAAUGGGAAUUAUCUUGUGUUUGUCUGGAAUUAUUGUUUAAUAAUCGUUUUCAAUUGAAAAAUAGUUUAGAACAAUUAUUGAUUGAAAUAAUCAAAAAUCCAGCAUCAUAUUGUAUCGGAUCAAAUUCUGUUUCUACACCAUAUCAUUUUGCUUUAUUACUUGUACAAGAAUGUCAGAAUAAACUUUAUCUCGAAACGAAUCUAAUCAAUACAUUGAAAAAUGAUGCAGUGUUCAGAUAUUUGUUGGCUGUCGGCAAAAUAAAACCCAGUGUAGAUGUUGCUCAGAAUUUUUAUCGUUUACACCAAAUUUAUGAACAGUUAAAAAAUGAAGAUGUUGCAUUAAAAUUCGAUUUACAAUAUUUAUUGAAUGAUGCCAUGUCUAAUUUUUUAGAACAAUUAUGGUUAUCUGAAACAUCACGUGCUUAUUCAAUUAUUAAAUCACUCUAUUGUAAAUUAACUCAUGAAUUUUUUUUACAUAGUCAUGAACGAGCGUUAAAUAAUUGUAUAAAUAAAUUAAUAAUAUUAAAAACAACAGAUUCUGAUCUACAACAAUGUUUAUAUGAUCAAUUACUUAGUUUACAUCUCUAUGUUUGUGAUUCAUAUUUAAAAUUAACAAUGAAACAAACAUUGAAAUUGAUUCUCAUAUACGUUGUAAAUAAUACAUUGAAUGAAAAUUAUUACAAUUUAAAAUCAUUGUAUAAAUCUACAAUUAUUAACGGUAAUUUAUGCAAAUAUAUUUCAACAUUAGAAGCGGAACAUCGUAUGACUAUGAUGAUAAAUAACGAUAACAAUUGUAUCAAUAGUACAUCUAUUAUAAUGCAUUUUUUAAAUAAAAAUUCUUUUCAUCAAAAGUUGUUUUGGAAUGAUUUAUAUUUGUACAUAUUAGAAAAUGGAAAAGAUUUAGGUUUAUGUGUUGUACAAGAUGCACUAUCAAUGAUUCAAAAUCGAGAUUAUUCAUCAUUUGAUCAAUUAUUAGGUAUCAAUGAAUUUUCAUCAUUACAUAUAAUAAUAUUUUUAAUUUGUUGGACAAAUGUGCGAACAUUGAAUGAUGCAAUUGUUUUACAAGAUUCAAUUAUGUCAUUGAAUAUCAAAAGUUCGAAACUCACCAAAUGUCUUCAAUUAUUUCAAAAUCAUAUUGAAUUCAUAUCAUGGCUACUUACUGUGAGAAGGGCCGAUUUACAGACCGAUGGCAUGUCAACGUUGUUAAAUAUAUCAGAUUUACUAUCAUUUUUGCAUGCAAAUUCUCCAUUAUCAUUGAUUAUUCGUUAUUUGAAUAUUAAUUUAAUUAAACCAGAAAUUAUUUUAGAACAAUUACGUAAAACAUGUGCCGAUAUUGAUGAUGAUAAUCCGAAAUUAGGUGAUACAUUGACGAAAAAAAAAGUUCGUUUUACUGAUGACCGUAAUAGUUAUCAACUCUCAUUAUCACUAUCUCAAACAAUCUCAACAAUAUUAUUCACUGGUUAUUUAUCUAUAGCAAAUGUAUUACAAAUAAUAUUACCACCAUUAACACAGAUAAGAAAUGAUGAUUCAAUAAAAUUAAUCAAAUCAUAUUUAAAUCAACUUUAUCCUCUACGUUUUCGUUUAGAAAUAUUAGAAAAUAUAUUUUCAUUAAUAUUUUUACAACAAAAUCAAUUAAAAAUAGAUGAAACAAUUAUAACAACAACAAUGCCCACUACUAGGGAACAAAUAUCAUUGUCAUCAUCAGAUAAAUAUAUUUCCGCAUCGAUACGUAGUCAUAUAUCAAAUGAAAGUUUACAUGUAUCAAUUACUAGUAGAAAUAAUUUAUCCUUGGAUGGACAAACAAUUUCUCAAAAUGAAGCAGAUGAUGAUGAUGAACAUUUGUCCAUCUAUAGUAGUUCACUAAGUUCGGUCAGUAAUUUAACGGGUAACAUGUCAUAUUUGUACAAAAGUGGUUAUUUGAUAGAUCAGAAUGUACUCUGUGAAAUAUUAUUGAUGUUGAGAGAUCAAAUGAAUGAAUUACGAACAUUAUAUCAAGCAAUACAAAAUAAAUCGAUUGAUCGAGAAACAAAUGAGCUAGAGACAAGUUUAGAUCAAUGUUUUAUUUGUUCAAUUAAAACUGACCAAUUUUAUGGACGAUUAGUCAAAUUAAAUACAAUAAUUAGUGAAAUAUUAUGGAGAUAUCAGUUGUUGAUACCAACAACAGUAUCAUCGCCAGAUACCAUUGAAGAAAAAAAUGACAUUAUGUUUACGUCGAAAAAUGAAGAGAGAACACAAAUAUUUUUAAAAAACUUAAUUAUACCUUUACCCAAAGAUCGGCAUAAAAGGCGUCGUAAGCGUCGUACACGAAGAUCAGGAAGCAGUAGUUCCAGCAUUUCGUCCUUGCAAAUGCAAAUAUCAGCCAACGGAGAUGUAUCCAAAAUAUUAUCAACAAGAGAAAAUUUAUUAGCAAUUUGUUUGAAAGAAGAAAAAAUGGAGGCGGCUAAUGAAGUGAUUCGAAUAUUUAAAAUGGAAUCACAUCCAUUAGCUAUCGAAGCACGUUUUAGUCAAUUAUUUCGCAAUACGAUAGCAAAAUUAAAUUCAGCUUCGUCUUCUCAAGUAUUUGUUGUUUCUAACACAUCGCCAACGAUAGUUGCUACAUCGUCAUUGAACACUUUGGCAGAGUUGGCAUCGUCAGCACUUGGUAAUACAUCCAUCCAGACAGAUGUUGAACAAUUAGUAGAGUCAUGUACCACAACAUUAUCGACGAUACCAUGUUCUGCGUAUGUUGAACAGGAACAUUAUGUUGCUCUAACAUUAUUUGAUUUAUCGCUAAGCAUGAACUCUCUCCAUGUAACUAAGACUCUGAUAGAUAUGGCACUAAAUUAUUUACCACUGUUUAACACCACUCAGCAACAACAACAACAACAACAUCAAAAUAAAACAAAUAAAUCAAUAAAAGAUAUGAUAACGAAUUAUAGUCAGCUGUGUGAUGCUUAUCUAUUUCAACAAAGUCAUCAAUCACCAUCAACAUUAUAUCCAAAAAUGACAACUGUUAGUGAAAUGUUAUGUGAUGCAACAAUUCCAUUGAAUAGUACUAAAGCAUUGAAAACAAUUCAAUAUUUAACUCGACUCGAUCAAUACUGCAAAGUAAACUAUUAUCAACAAUUCAUUGAAGGACAGAGUUCAUUGGUAAAUUUGACUAAAUCAGCAGCAGAUUUCUUUGAUAAUGAUCAAUUAAAGAUAAACAUUCUCAGUUUAAUCAAAGAUAAUACAAAUUCAUCAAAAUUAGAGAGAAUAAAUUACUUUUCAAUAUUUUACUCUUAUAUUCAACGUUUUCGAAAUUUAUUAGAAAAAUUUCCAAUAUCAACACCAUCUCAGUCGACUAUCAAUGAAACGUAUUUACUUCAAAAUUCACCAAUGUCCAUUAUCAGUCGUAUCAUAUCUAAACCUGAUAUUGAUUUGAAACAAUUACAAAUUAGAACUGCUGAUCUCAAUAUUGAUAUUUCAUUGACUGUUACUUUGAAUAUUAUACGUCCACUUCUCUCAACUAAUACAGAUGAUCAAAUACCACCACGUACACUUCUAAUGGAACCAAUUGAUAUUUAUUCAUACAAAAAACAAACAACUAAACAAUUACCUAGAAGACAUUCAACAUUUUUAAAAAGAUUAAUGGAUCAUUUAGAUGACAUUCAACCAAAUGAUGAGUUAAUUAGUUAUGAAUCAUCAUUAAUCAAACAUCCCGAUAAUAUUGUUCGAUCGUUAUUAACAAAAUUAAUUGAUUCUAUUCGAAAAACGUUGAAUUCAUUAUCACCGGUACGUACAUAUUUUUCAUUCGAACAUAUUGAUAAAUUAAUUGAAACAAAUGAUUAUGAUGAUAUUUUAACAUUAUUACCAUUAUUAAGAACAUUAGAUUUAAAUUUAUUGAUAAAUAAUGAACAACGUUUAUGUUUUUUUAUAAACUUACAUAAUUUAUUAACAAUUGUGUCUCAUAUUGAACUCAUACGAUCAACUGUUGAUCGUACCAUAUACUCAAAACCAUUUCGAAAUGAAUUAGAACAUUUAUUAUUUGAUAUGACAACACGUAUUGAUAUUGGAUGUUUAAAACAAUUAUCAUUAUUUGAAUUACGCUAUUUUAUAUUACGUAAUGGUCUUAAUCCAUCAAUUUCAUUAUUAGAAAAUUUUGAUUUUCAAUUAGAUUCCAAUGAUCCUAUAUUACAUUAUGCACCACAAGUUCAUGAUACAAAAUUAUUAUUUAUACUUACAAAUUGUACAAAAUCAUCGGUACCAAUUAUGAUAUUAACACCAGAACUCAUUCAAGAACAAUUGUAUCAUGCUGUCAGUGAUUAUGUUAAUAAUUGUGUUGUAUAUAUUAUGGAUAAACAAAUUUUAUAUGUUCCAGCAUUAGUAUACGAACAAUUUAUUAAUAACACAACAAAACGAUUAGAUAAAGUUGAGUUAUUCAAUUUUAUUUCAAAAUAUACGCAUAAUGAUGACUUAAAACAAUUUUUAAAAGAAGCAAUCGAUACAGAAACAUCAGAAUUAAAUGAUUCUACCACCAUCCCUCAAUCGUACAAAAUUCAAAUGUUAUUACCCGAUAAUGAAUUUGCUCUGAAUCUUGAUAUUCAAUGUUGUUCACCAUUAAUAAAAAGUUUCAUAAAUACAAAACAUCGUCGUACAAACUCAUUACCAUCAUAUACAUCAUCUUUACCAUCCUCAUUCAAUGUUUUAACAAAACAUCCAUCUUCACAUGAUUAUCAUCUGAUUGAUUUACGUACAAUUGAAUUUGUCAAAGAAAAAUGUCCAAUUCUAGGAGAAAUAUUGAAUAUUCAUCUACUAAAUGUAGUUGGUAAUACUGAUGUUAUUUUAUCAUCGUCUCCAACAUUUGCACCACUUCAGACAUAUUUUUCAUCAUUACUCUUACAACAAUCAAUAUUAACUGAUGAUUGGUUUCGUGCAGUAGUAUUAAACGAUUUAUCAAGUCAACAUGAUCUAUUAUUACAAUUAUGUUCACAAUUAUCAUCUGAAUCAAAAUGGUCAACAAUAAUUAAAAUAUUAGAAUCUCUAUUACCAUCAUUUAUUGUUCAUUCACCUUAUUUUUCAACAUUAUAUGAUAUUUCGUUAAUUAAUUUAACACGUCAACAAACCACUGAACAAUCUUAUCGUUAUAUAAAAAAAAUAAAAGAUUUUCGUCUAUUAAUACGUUCAACAUUAACAUUUAUGUAUAAAUAUAAUAUUAAUGUUUGUAUAUCAUUACUUGAACUUUGUUUAACAGCAUCUAAAAAUCAAAAUGAAUAUACAAUAUUAAUACAAACAAAAUUAGAUGAAAUGUCCAUUUAUAAAGUAUUAUGUCAAUGUGCAAAAAUUUUAUUUGAUAAAUAUUUAUCACGUUUAGCAUCAGAUAUAUCAGCAAGCGAUGAUUUAUCAGAAUUAGCAAUAAAAAAAACAUCUCAAAAAUGUUUAACAUGGCAAUCGGCUAAAAGUGAAUCAUUAAGAAAUUCAUCAGCUGUUGCCGAUCUUUUCAUAUUAGAACAUCAAUAUGAUAUGGCACAUAAAUGGUAUAAAUAUUUGAAUAUAAACAAUAAUAUUAUUAAAAUGAAAUUAAUUGAAGAACAUAUUAGUUGGUUAUUAAAAGAAAAUGAUAGCGAUAAAAUAAUAAAUGUUAUUCAAAUGAUUGAAAAUUUAAAUGAUAAAUGGAAAUUAUGUUCAGAAUUAAUUUAUGACAUAAUAAAUGAACAUUCAACGGAUAAUAAUGAACUAUCUUCAAAUCAACUACAAACUCCAUUAUCAAUACCAUUUGCUCGACAUUUUGUUAAAUAUCGUUUAAUUCAAUAUAUAUUAGAAAAUUUUAAUGAUGAUUAUUUUAUUAGAAAAGAUUCUCAAUUAAAUAAAUCAAAAUUACAAUUACGUUUAUCCGGUCUAUCAUUAUUUUUCAAUUGUAUACCGUAUGAACAAACUGAUUUUUACAUUCAAUUAAUUGAAUAUCCAUUACUAAUAAUUGAACAAUUAGUGAUGAAUGCUUCAAUUGAUAUACUUAAAAAAGCCAUAGAACAUUUGAAACAAUUUAUUCAAAAAUAUGGUGAAGAGAGUUUAAAACUUGAACAAAAACAAAUUGAUCAAUUAAUUGAAUAUUAUGCAAAACAGACCGUUCAAUUACACGUAGUAAAUAAUAAACAUAAGAAAGAACAAAUAAUAAAUGAUGAUUCAACUUUAAAUUCUACACAAUUACAAUAUGCUUAUCAAACAAAACAUCGUAGCCAUUCUGGUAUACAAUUUUCAACACCAUUAGAACGAAAUGAUCUGUCAAAUUCGAUGAUAUUGUCUCCAGUAUUAUCACAAAUAAGAUCAGCUAAAACAUCAGCUGACUCUUCACCAUUCUUACUACCAAAUACUAAUCAUAAACGAGAACGUAAUAGUAGUCAAACAUCAAAUUCAAUAAAACCAACCUUAAAAUAUUCAAAUGAUAGUUCUUCAACAUCAUCUUCAUCGUUAAAUGCAAGUCCUAUACCAAGCAAUAUGAUACCAAUAAUAAGUUCACCACUGGCUACUACAACAGAUUCCAUACCAUCACAUUCAUCAUCUUUUUUAAGUAAUCUAUCAUUAUCAUUUUCAUCAAGAUUUUAUGAUCGUCAAACACCACCAAUAAAACAAACUUCUCAAAAAACAAAAACUGUUGCUGAAAUAAAUGAUGUCAAAAGUUCUACUUUUAUUAUGCCACUUGUUGCACCACCAAAAGAACAUUGGACACAGGAUGAAAAUAUAUCGAUCUGUAUGUGUUGUAAACAAACACAAUUUUCCAUGUUUAAUAGACGACAUCAUUGUCGAAGAUGUGGACGUGUUGUAUGCAAAAAUUGUUCAGAACAAUUGACAAUGAUUGAGACAAAACUUGAACGAACAUGUAAAAGUUGUGUUGAACAAAUAACUAUACAAAAUCAACAAUUAACACGAACAAAAAGUAAAGAUCAAGAAUAUUUGAAUAAUAUGAGUAAACAAACAGAAGAUCGACAACAACAAUCUUUAUAUCGUACAGAUAUUCGAACUCGUUCUCUUCUCGCUUUUGAACGUCCAUCCAUUGCAAAUAUCUAUUUAGAUAAAAAAAAUUUAAUUAUAAAAGAUGAUUCAUCAUCAAUAUCAUCUACUGAUUAUUUAUUAUUUGGUAAUAGUCCAAUGGAGAAUAAUACAUUUCAAACACCAUUAUCAAUGUUAAGUUCAAAUUUUAAUAUAAGUCCAUUAUCAAAACACAAUACUCGUACACGUAUUGCACGAACAAAUUAUCAACAACGAACAAAUACAUCAUCUUUAUUGACAAAACAAAAUUCAAAUAAAUUAUUUUUAUCAAAAAAUAAAAAAGAUAUAAAUAAUGAAGAAUUAAAAUAUCAAUUAACACAAAAUUUACAUGAUAAUAAAAUUUUACGUGAAGAAUUUCGAUAUGAUCAAUCACCAAGUAUCUCAUUAUGUUUAUCUAUUAUUGAAUUACAUAGUGAUCAAUAUGAAAUUGGUAAAUUAUUACUUAAAUUAUGUGAAGAAUUAUCUGAUCAAUUAAGUAGUACAACAAAUGGAAGAAAUCAAGAAAUUGAUUAUGGAUUAGUAUUAAAUAUAAUUAAAAAUUUAUUAUUAACUGCUAAAAUGAAAUUAAUGUCAAAUAAUACAAAUUUAUUUGCAACAAAUCAUACUCUAUUAUCAUCUUGUGAUAUGUAUAUUAAUUUAAUUGAUAUAUUAAAUCGAUUAAAUACAGCCAAUUGUGAUUUACCAACAUUAAAUGAUUUAUUACAACCAGAAACAUUACGAAGAAUUAGAAAUAAAUUAUUAGAUGAUGAACGAUAUCAAUUAGCAAUAGAUAUAUCAACAAGAUGUAAUCUAGAUAGUUAUACAAUAUGGAUACAAUGGGGAAUGGCUUGUCUUCAUAUUGGACAAUAUACUGAAGCACGAAAAAAAUUUGAAAAAUGUUUAAAAAAAAAACAAAUUGUAUCAUUAAAUGGUGGUGGUAGUGGUGGUGAUGGUGGUGGUGGUGAUGAUGAUGAUUUAAAACAUUAUACACAACGAAAUAUAUCAUUAAUAACAAAUACAAAAAGUCAACAAGAAAAAAUAUUAAAUGAUAUAGUUAAUUAUUUAGAAUCAUGUUUACCAAUAAAUCGUUUAAUAAAAUUAAAUUAUAUUUUACAACAAGAACAACGAAAACCAUUAUUAUCUAUUCAUGGUGGUUUAAAAUAUGAUAAAAAUUUAUCAUUAAUGCCUAAUAUUAAUAAACAACAAUAUAAUCAACAACAAAGUGAACAUUUUGAUGAAAUUCUUUAUUAUUUAACAAAUUAUGGUAAUGAUUCAUUAAUAAUUGCAUUCUAUUUAAGACAUAAUUUAUAUGUAUCAGCAUUUCAUUAUUUUCUUAAAAAUAAAUGUUUAACACAAAUAUUUUUAGAUGAUAUUUUUUUACCAUUAUUAAAAUGUGGACAAAUUGAACAAUUACUUAAUUUUAUACAAAAUAAUAAUAAUAAUAUAAAUAUGAAAAAAUUAUUUCAAUUACAUUUAAAACAAACAUCUAUUUAUUUAAAAGAACAAAAAUAUUUUCAUUCAUUAAAACAAUUACAAUUAUUUAUGAAUGAUUAUUUAAAUGUUUCUUAUACAUAUAUUGAUUUAUAUUUAUAUAAUCGUAAAAAUUAUAAAGAUUUAUAUGAAAAUAGAUUAGAUUUUUUACAAAAAUCUUAUGAUUAUUUUGAACUUUAUCAACAACAACAACAACAAAAUAAAGAUUUUUUAAUUAUGACAUCAAAUAAUGAAUCAACAUUGGCACGUGUUCAUAGUUAUAAAGCAAAAAUUCUUUUACAAAUCGAUGUGACACGUUUUAUUUAUACACAAAUUCAACGUUUAGAUGGUAAUGAUGGAUCUAAUAUAUUUGUUAAUUGUCCAACAUUAUUUGCUAAAAAUGAUAUUAUUGUUGAAUUACUUGUUGGUCUACUAAUAAUAUCUGAUACAGUGACCAAUGUUUUUAAUCUUAUGAAUAGAAUUAUUAAAGAAUUUACAUUAUCACCAUCCAUUGUAUUUACAUCGUGUGCAAAACAAAUUGGUAAAAAACAUGAUUAUCGUUUAAUUGCACAACUAUUAACAUGUUUACGUGAAAAUGGAUAUAAUGAAACGAAACUUCAUGAUGAAAUUAUCGAUAGUUGUAUACGACAAAUAGGUUCAGAUGUUGAACAGAGUAAGGAACAAGAUGGAUUAAUUCAAAUGAUAAAAAAUGAUGAUGUUCGAAUCAAUGCCUACAUAUUUGUUGGUAAAUUACGUGCGGCCUAUUUAAUAGCAAUACGUUUGGGAAAAGAAGAUACUGUCCGAUUAAUAUUGAACAAUGCUCAACGAACAGGACAAACAGCUGUGAAAGAUAUUUGUUCAAAAUGGUUAGAAAAUCGUACGAAGGAACAAUGA